AUGAGUUGGAACAAAAUGGCGGACCUCAACAGUGAAGAUAUCGUUCCUCGAGAGCCCAGCUUAGCUGUCUUUUCACGGGCAGACUUCAUGAAAGAAUCUUUUAGCGUGGAUAGCUUUGUUGGGAGUUGCAAAGGGAGUGUCCCUUUGGAUACGCUAAAAACAAACUUAGACGAUUAUUUGAAAGCUUUGAAACAUGCUCUAAUUGAGCUGAUCAAUGAAGAUUACGCUGACUUUGUUAACUUAUCUACUAAUCUGGUAGGUGUUUCCAUUACUAAAUUAUUAUCACCACAUGUUAAAAAAGAUGCUAACAUAUGGCUCUGUAAAGUUGGAAAAUUUGAUCAUUUCUGUUGACAUGGUUUCACUUUAACUAUUGAGUAAAAUUAAUGUAUUUCACUUUAGGUAGGAAUGGACAAAAACAUUUCCAGCUUGUCAGUUCCUCUGGGGCAACUUAAAGAGGAAGUACUGGUAAAUACAGUGUAUAUUAUUCAUUGCCUUUUUAUAAUAAGACACCUCACAUACCUCUGCUAAAAAAGAGUUCACUUGACCAUGAGGAAUUUACAAAUUUUCGUCCCUUUUCCAAUUUGAAGUUCGUCUCUAAAGUGAUUGGAAAGGUUGUAGCAGCUCAGGUUAAUAACUAUCUUCACCAUAACGACUUGCAUGAGACUUUUCAAUCAGCUUAUAAAAAAUAUCAUUGAUAGCAGCAAAUCAUCAAAACACGAUCUUCAUUUAAUAGAGUUCCCCAGGGAUAUGUGCUGGUUCCCUUGCUUUUUCUACUUUACACCUCUCCCCUAGCUGAUAUUAUUCAUAAACAUAUUGUUAGUUUUAAUUUUUAUGCCGACGAUAGUCAGAUUUACUUGACUUUUAAUUCCUUGGUUGAAAACACUCUUUUUGCAAAAGAGAGGAUUGAGAGCUGUAUUCAUGUAUGCUCAAAUUAAAUUGUGACAAAACGUAGUGGGAGUCCUACAUUACUCAGUUUGUAAUUGUCGAUGGAAUGAAUCAAUGGAACAAUGAGCAGAAAGGGAACUAUCUUGCGAUGAGCCUAAGGGGGCCUGCCUUAACUCUUCUAGGAAACCUUUCCCCAAACACCCCGCAAGAUUUCAAGGAGCUAGUUGCAGCUCUUGAGAGCAGAUUCGGAUCAGCGCACUCAGUAAGAACUUCAUUGCUCUAAAUUUAAGAGUAGGGUGAGACACCCCUAAAGAGUCUUUACAAGAACUUGCCGAGGAGUUAGAUUGCUUGGUAAGGCUAGCUUACCCUCGCGCCCCAGAGGAGAUGAAGGACCUACAGUAUAUUGAUAAAGGAACAAUUCAUUGACACUAUCCUGGAUGGAGAUGGAGUAGGCCCUAGUCCCUCCAGGCUGCUCUGACAUUAGCUAUGGAGCUGGCAUUUUAUUGACUAGCCUCCCUCCAAAGGGAAUUUCAAGUAAUAUAUCAAGCAUGAGAUGCAGUGUAUCAUCACCAGAUGAAACAGCAAGAGCAGAGUUGAAAAUACAACGCACAGCAGAAUAUUUUUGACGAACUUCGAGGUGUUUCAUCUGAUGAUGAAACUCUGUGUUGAAUGCUGGAUAUUACUUCUCAACAAAAUGAUUUCAGAGGGAGAAAUUAAGGAUGCAAAAUGAGCAGUUUUUAUCUGAUUUCCAAACACUCAUUAAACAUUAAUUUCCCUUGUUUUUUCUUUAUGAAUUAUUAAUGAGUUUGCAAAAUUCAAAGCAUGUAUUGUGGUACAUCAGAAGAGAGUUCAACUGAUGAGCCUGGUUGCGGGAAAUCCCGAGAGGAUGAUGUACUUGCACAAGUUAAAGGACUGCUCACUGAAGGGGCAUCUUCCCAAAGUUUUGGGCUGCCACAAUGCUGGGCAUGUGGAAAAAGGGGUCACCUGAAACAAGAUUGUUGGAAGGUUGGAAGAUACGAGAGAUAUGCAGAACCAGAACCUCUCCCAACCUCAUUUAAACUAGUAUAUAGGACAGGCAGAACUUGAGGGGGAAACACUGGCCCAUCAAACAAUCAGUACAACCCCACAAGUGUUGUUGAUGGCUAGAUGAUUGUCUUAUAAUAAUAAUAAUAGUAAUAAUAAUAAUGAUAAUGAUAAUAAUAAUAAUAAUAAACUUUAUUUCUAUAACAUCUAUAUCACUAGCUGUUCUUGGCACUUUACAUCAUUACAAAAAAAGUGUUAAGAUGCAAAUAAAUUGCAACAAUAGGAAUAAAAAUCAUGGUAGUAAUAAUGAUCUCAGAAAUAACAAAUAACUGUCCAAGCACACAAAUAUAUCUAUAACUCAAAAAAUCUAACAACUACAUAUAUAAGUAUGAAAAUAAAAAUAAAAAUCUAUUUACAAAUUAAGGAAAAGCUUGGUGAAAUAAAUAUGGCUUUAAGGUUUUUUGCAAGGUAUUCAAGGAAUUGGCAUUUCUUAAAGAUGCUGGUAUGCUGUUCCAUAAUUUAGGUCCUAUAAUAGAAAAUCUUCGAUCACCAUAAGAUAAGUGCAAAUUGGAUAUAUAACUUGGUGAAAAUCCAUUGAUAGCCUUAUAUACCAACAAUAAGGUUUCAUAAAUAAUAUGGUAUUCAACAGGCAACCAAUGUAAGUCUGUUAAGCUGGGUAUUACAUGUUCAUACCUCCUGGUGAUUGUUACGAUAUGUGCUGCUCUAUUCUGAACUAGCUGUAGGCAGUUUAAGAGAACUUUAGGUAAUCCAUAUAGAAUUGAUUUACAGUAAUCCAAGUUGGUAGUCACGAAAGCAUGUUGAAUAAUUGCUUCUGUAGAUUCACGAUCCAGAUAUGUUCUUAUCAUACUAAUAUUAGUUAAAUGGAAAUGAUAUGUCUUGCAAAUCUUUUUAAUCUGGUCUUCCAUAUCAGCACUGGGAUCAAGUAUCACUCCAAGAUAACAAACAGAAGAGGAUGGUUGAAUAGUUUCACGCCCAACAAAUGAAGGACUGGGCCGAUAACGUGAACUGAGUAGAAGCAGCUCGGUUUUUUAUAAGGAGGGCAGUUUUACCAUAAACGGUGACAUUAAAGUAGUGAUAUGUCCUAUGGUCAUUGACACAGGCACCAACAUCACAGUAGUUCGCCCAGACGUGUAAAGAAAGCCGACACUCUCUCAUCUGUGAGCCACUAACAGGGUAUUCGAAAAUGCAACAGGAGAAAUGGCAGAAGUAUGUGGAAAACUGAGGCUUUGGGUCAGGAUUGGAGGGACCCAAGUCUCGCACGAAGUGCUAGUUACAAAUAUUUCCGACAGGCUUAUACUGGGCCUAGACUUCCUGAUGGCUCAUGGCUGUACUGUCGAUGCAGGAGCAGGAAGCCUAUGAAUUGGAGCAGAAGAGGUUCCCCUUCGUAAGCCUUAAACCAGCGAACUAGCCCUCUGCUAUCAAGUGACAGCAGUUGAGGACAAACUGGUCUUACCUCACAGCAAGGCCAUUUUUGUUUUGUUUCCUUUGGAUUGUCUUGUUUAUACAUCAGUAGCUUUAGUUAUUCUUUUUUUUUUGUUUUGUUUUUUAAUUAACGAGGGAUCCACUGUAAUUGGUUUGGCUGUAGUGGUCUCCCUGCCUAAUUAUUUUUAUGUAUUCGUGUAUAAAGAUUGUAUUCUAGUUAGGCGAAGCUAAAUAAAUAAAUUGUGGUGGCCAAGAUUAUGGACAACCCCAUUUACGAACUGUGGGGAACAAUGGGCCCAUCAAUGUCUACUAUAUAUGCUCCCACCCAAUGUGAUGGGAAGGGCCGCUUGUCGUGGUAGAUGUAAAUGAUGUUGUGUACAGGAUCCAGUGAGGUCCACAGGCAAAGCCUACAGCAAGGUGGUACACAGGGGCAGGCGUUGCAUGCACCUUGGCAAGGCUCAUGCCGAUUUGUUCAAGGAACCUUGUUCUGGAGGACCGGAUGAGGGGAUGCCUGAGGAAACACCGAUGGAGUGGGGUAUCUUAGCAAGUGAUGUCAACAACAAUGCACUACCCCACCAUUGCAAGAGGCAAAGAGAAAUACCCUCAGAUUCAGAGGAAACUGUUCUUAGGCCAGUGAUUCCCUUGAUGUCCAGGUGGAAACCCCAGCAUCACAGCAGCACCAGGAGGGAUCCAGGCAUCCUCAGAGGAGCAGAAGUACUCCCUGGAGAUACAAAGACUUUGUUAUGAGUUAAAACACUUACACUUAGCUUAAUCUGAAGUUAUAACAUUUGUUUCCUGAACGAUCGAACAGUUUAGAAACUUAUGUUUGUUGCUGUUUUAAAUCACUAUUACUCGUAAUGAAUAAUGGCGUCUUGAAGGGGGGUGGGGGGGGGGGGGGGGUAAAGGGAAUUUGCAGGCCAUAGGGUAUUGGGUUGUGGCAGGCUGUUUUCCUAAUAUGAUUUUGCCUUUUUUGGGCAUUUGAGAGGUGAAAAAUUUUUGGUGUUGGUUUUUUAAAGUGGGUUGUAGUGGUAGUGUAUGGGGGGGUCUGGAGGGGGGGGGGGGGGGGGGGGGGUGUAACAGGUAAUUGCAUGCCAUAGCGUAUUGUGAUGCUGCAUGCUGUGUUCCUAAUAUGAUUCUGCCAUAUUUGGGCAUGUGAGAGCGUGAAAAUGAUUCAGGCUAGUGUGCAACAGGGUGAUUUGAUCAGAUUAAAAACAGUGAAAACUUGUCAUUACCACUGUAUGUUUUAUUUGCUGAACCUGCAGAGUGUAACAAUAUUUUUUAACUUUUUGUCUGAUUUUUAUCAUAAUUUGUAUAUUGUUUUAUUUUUUUUUCUUGGUUUUUAAAUCAAUUAUUGUUAAGUGCCAUUGGACUUGUGGAAAUCAUUAGAUAUUAACAAUAAUAAUAAGAAGAAUAAUGAUAAACUAAUGAAUGUGAAUUGCUGAAGUUACCAUUUUGGAACUUGAACAGAGAAAGGAAUUUUAAAAACUGCAUCAUUGAUCUUUAUUCUCUUUUCAGCUCAUUAAAUCUGACCUAGAUGGAACCAUUGGAGCAAUUGAAGACAAGCUGGAUGAAAGAGCACUUUUGAGACAAAAAAAGGUACUGAAAUUUAGAGAACUAAAUUUAGAGAAGAUGAUAAUUUAAAUCACCCAUACUGAAAUGUAAAGAUGAAAAAUUUCUGUUACAUGUAAUAUAAUAAAUUAGUAAGCAUCUGAAUCAGUGAUAACUAUCUUUUUUUAUUAUUAUUAUUAUUUUAGGUGUUGCAUCUUUUAAUUAAAAAAUAAAGAAGCCUUGACUGUGCUCUGUUUUGUUGUACAGUAAAGCAUGUAGGAAGCUGCUAGAGCACAAAAGAAGUGUAGAGGAAACAAGAUGUAAUCAUAAACAGAAUGAAAAUUUAUUGAAAGUGAAACAAGGCAUGAAAGACUGGGUAGAGGGGCUGUUUGCCAUUUAUGUUUCUAUAAUUUCAAUUUUUCUUUCUUUAAAACAUUCCUAAUGCUUUAACAUUAACACAGGUAGAACAGGUAUUCAAGAGUGCAACUUCAUCUUGCACAUUAACAAACCCAAAACAAGAUAUCAAAAUUUAAUAUUGUCCUUGCCUUAACACCUUGCUACUUAUUUUGUCAACUUAAUAACAAAAAAAAUUAAAUUGUAUGGUCUUGUAUGGGCUUGCAUUUUUUUUAACUCUUGAUAAUUUGUAUUAUUUAAAUUAUGCUGACAUCAUUCCACUGCAGGUGACAUAUUUCUGUUGAAGGUGAUCAUCUAUUAUCUUGUUACUCCUUUUUCUAAUCCAUUUUAAUGGCAAAGUGUGAUAGUUUUAUCCAAGGGCCAUUAGCAUUGGUAUUUCAUUAUGAAUGAUCUCUUUUGAUUGUUUGCUCUAGCUGUGUAUGCAGCAUUUGUUAAACAUCACAAAGUCCCUGGAAAAGAUUGAAAGACUUUUACAAGGAUCAAAGAUCACUCAAGAUGUCUCUUCUAAAGACCCUGAUGGGUGAGGACUUGUGCUUUAAUGCACUGUACCAGCUACAGUUGUACCUUUCUAAAUUUCCUUGCUCUUGUUUUGGUUGAAUUUUAUGAGUCGUACAGUAUUUCACCAUGGAAGCAAGGACAGUAUGGCAUGGAUUGCCAAAUGCACCAUCUAUCUACAUUUCUUUUGUAAUAGCCAAACAAUUGUACAGUAAUCAUGGCCAUUGAGUUUAGUUAUGUUAUUAAGUGCUUUUGUUGUUGUUGUUGUUCCAGUGAAGAUGACUCUCAACUGAUUGAGCGAGUGGCCAGUGAAUUUAAUCAACUGCAGUUUUAUGUGACACAGAGUCAAGGCCAUCCACUUGUGGAGAGCAUUAGAGGAGUAAGUUACUUAGCUAGGGUACUGUUUUAAUAACCUUUUUUUACUGCAAAAGCAGUCAGUUUGUUACAAGUAGUUAUGGUACAUGUCAGUCCUGCAAUUGAGAUUUUGUGAAAAAGCAUGGGCCCAGUGUAGAACCAGUGAGUCCUAGUUCAAAAAACACAACGCGUCCUAAAUUGACAAUGCUUGGACCUUUAUGUAACCAGACAGUUCAUUUGAAGACAGACAUCAAACCUCUUUAUCACAGUUAACUGAAAUUAAAAUAAUAGUCCUUCUAUUGAAACAACAAAAAUAAGGGUACUAAAUUAAAAGAAAUAUGCAUUGUUAAACAACAGCCACAAUAACAGCCACAAAAAUGACUUAAACAGGUUAUUCUACAAAUCAAUCUUUGUGUCCUACAGGAUGCAUGCCAUGAGUUAUAUUGUGUUUUGGGGGAUUUUUUUGCAUCAUGAACACAGGAUGCAGAUUACUUUUAUUGUAUUAUUGGAGAAUACCAUGAAUUAUGAAUGGAACUGUUUGAAGAAAAUCACUUUAAACAGUACCUGUUAAUUUUCUGUAACUAUGCAACAGUUUUUCUAAUGCUUGAGAGACAAAAAGUAUGUAGAAACUUACCAGAAUGCUGCAUUUUCAUGACUUGUGAUGAUUCUAUAACAGCGAAUAGCAGUUAUAACAAGCACUCUUCAAAAGAAGUUGGAAGCAGCCUUUCAGGAAGGACUUCAGACAGGAGAGCUUAAUCUGCUUUCACGAGUCCUAAGAACCUAUGCCAUUAUAGACAAGACAAAGGAUGCAGAAAUACUGUUUAGGGAAGUCAUUGUCAAACCUUAUAUGAGUGAGGUAGGUUAUCAUUAGUUAAGGAAUGCUACUGAGUAUCUUGUCUGCACCAAUGCCUUAAUUUGCUGAUGGUACCAAACAUAAUCCAUACAUACACUGUUUAUAGGUAGCCAUUGCAACACCUGAAGGAGGAUCACAAGGUUAUCCCUUCAUUAAGAUCUCACCCAGCCCAGAAAAGGUGGCCACACUACCAGGGUCCAUGUCCCCUAAAGAAAAAACAUUAUUAAAAAACAAUUAAUCAGUAUUUACCCAGCUCUGUUGUUAGAAAUGUCAAAGUUUGUUAUUGCAUAAGCCCCACAAAUCAAAUAACAGCAGCUUGGCCUAAUGUGGAAAAUCAGUAGCUGUCAAUGAAAUUCAGUGUAUAACACCCGAGCCACUUUUAUUGUCACAUUAAAAAUAAAUAAAAGUGUCAGUAAUAUUAUUGUAUUUGUUGUAGUUUAAUUUUUAUCAGUAACUUGGUUUAAAUUUCAUUUUCUUUUGUUUUUAACUCAUUAUUGUACAUUAUCAUUCCCCAAAACCGAAGAGAAUAAAAUUUAAACCAUGAAAGGAUAAAACUGAACCACAACAUAUUGAUCUGACAAAACAGAUAUUAUUCAUAUUAUGAAGCGACUUGUAUUUAUCUGUGUUGAUAAUAAUAUCCCCAGGUGAUUAACGAGAAAACGUUGACAGCUGAUUCAUCACAGGGUCUAUGUGAUGUGUACAACAAAAUUCUUGAGUUUGUCCCACGCCACUGUACACAGAUGAUCAACAUAACAUCUGGCAGGUUUGUUGCCAGUGACUUGGAAAUGUUUGGUGAACACAGAGCUGGGAUCAGAGGGUUUGACUUUGUAGUAAAUGCUGUGUGGCCUGAGGCUAUCAGUCUUAUUGAGGCACGGCUUGGAUCAAUAUUUGCCCCAGGAAACCCAGACUCCUUUCAUCAGGUUUGUUUUUAAACUGUUGACAGAAUUGAAGAAAUCUCAGUCAUAAAAUAAUCACAUUUUUUGCUUGUAAAAUUCCCUUCAGAGAGCUCUGGUAUGUUUAUGUAUGGGUUAUUUAAGCAUAGCCACAAAGUCCAUUCUGAUGUUGACAGUUUUGAUGAUUGUCACUCAGCUGUCUUCAUAAAAAUCAAGAACAUCAAAAGCUGCCAGAAAGAACCCUCAGUAUGCUCCUGUCUGCUCAAUCAUCCACCCCUCCCACCUGGUUGGGGGAGGGGGGGGGUGGAGAUUGCUUGGGUCCAUGUAGGAGAUAGCUGGUAUACUUCACUAUUCAUAGUAGGAGUGUUUGCUCUCUGAUUUGUAUGCUUUUCUUGAUCCACCUUGUGAAAAUAUUGCUUUCUUUCUCAACUAUUUCACUUGCCUCCCAAUCAAUAAUACGAGUAUUCUGGCACACAUGGUGUGUUAUAGAUUAUAGCGGAGCUUUCGCACAUGCAAAGCAUGUGCAGCAGAGCACCUUGUCCUUGGCUAAAUUAUCUAUAUAUGUUAUGAUACUUAUUGGCAGAAAUUCUGCUCGUGCAACUUGUGAAAUUCUUUUCUCCCUCCUUUCUAUAUUCUGUGGCCAUUAUAUAUCCUGACUCGAAAGUGUCUGCCCAGCUGUUUUCCCAAAGUACACAGCUCUUUGCAGUUUUGUACACCACACCUCCUGUUUUUGCUUUAUAUCAGUUUACACCAAAUAUAGAAGAGUUGCCAAAAUUGUUUAAACCUCAAACCACCCCCAGAUGGACAAAUUAAGGCUUAGUUGACCCGAAGGAAAAAAAUUGAUGAGCACAAAAGGCAGCUGUUUUGUAUAAAAUUCUAUGCAAACAACUGUAAGAGGACCCAAGUGAUCUCCAACCCAAACCAGGGGAAGAGGGCUUCAACAGAGUGAUUUUGCACAAUUUACCCUGGCUUACGGGAGCCUAUUGAGGGUUCCUGAUUCCUUUUAACGGUCAUCAUAACUGUCUUGUGUAUUCUUUGGCUACUGGUUUGUUUAAAGAACCUACCAAUUUAUUGAUUUGUGGACUAAUUCAGCUUUGGUACAUGUAUGUUUUUGUGCAUUGCAAGGAUUUUAAUUUCUACAUGUUACUUGGCUUUGCUGAAAGUGAAUCUUAUCUGUUGUAAGUUUUACCUAACCACUUAGUUGUAGAUCUACAAAAUUUUAAUCUUACAAAGUUUAAACUUAGAUUUAUUUCUUCUUACAGAAAUAUAUGACCACAGUAUGGUUCAUUAACAAGUUUGAAGGUAUUUGUGGUUCAAAGGCAAGUGUACAGCGACUGAGGUCACAUCCAAGUUUCACUGCUUUUAUGGCAAGAUGGAGUUUACCUGUUUACUUUCAAAUCAGGUACCAAAAUCUCUGUAGCAUUUACUCUUAAACCAAUUUUUUUUUAGUCCAGAAAGAAAUAUGAUUGGAGCACAUGUUUUCCCAUUGGCUGUGUGCCACUUUCUAAAACAUAAAUGGCUCCAAUCUUUCACACAGUCAAACAUGGGCAGGGAUAUUUUGCAGAAUGCUGAAUGCAGAACACCAAAUGCUGAACGCCAAAUGACUCUGAAGUUUAGUGAUUAGGGUUAGGAAACAGAGUGAAUCAAGUUUCAGGUCUGAUUUCCCAGUAUAACGACCCUAAGGCCCGGUUCAAACGUCGAAUUCCACAUGUGCCGAACUUAACGCGAGAGUUAAAUGCAUGUGAAGUGCGACGUUUGAAUCAAUUAAAUUUGACUGUUUAAAUUAAAUGUAAUGUUUGCCAUAUCUGCGACUGAAACAGUCGAAGAUUCGACUUAGGUUCGACUUUUGAUUCAAAUGUCGCAUUUCACAUGUGCCGAACUUAAUGAAUGAAUUUUAGUAAAUUAUUAUUAUAUUACUGGGAAUAUUGACAGCGAAGAGAGUUAAAUUCGACAGAGUUCAGCGAGUUAAAUUCGAUGUUUGAAUCAAAUGCCGUAUUUAACUAUUUUAAACUAAAAUAGCAAUUAAAUUCGGCACAUGUGAAAUCCGACGUUUGAACUGAGCCUAAAUGGAAUCUGAUUCACUCAGUUUCCUAAACCUACUCACUAAACUUCAGAGUCACUUGGCAUUCUGCAUUCAGUGUUUGGCGAAAGCAGAACGUCGAGUUACUCUGAAGUUUAGUCAUUAGGCAAGGUUAGGAAACUGCGUGAAUCAGGCUUCAGUUCUGUUUUCCCAGUUUAAUGACCUUAAAUGGAACCUGACAAACUCAGAGACUUUCGGCAUAUUCAACGUUCUGUGUUAUGCAAAAUACCCCUGCCAGUCAAACAUACUAAUAACUUCCUGCUUGGGUUGCUGAAGGAUUUAUUAUGUGUGACUGUUUUCUUCCACGGGUGCCUUGGGCUGUUAAACUAGGAGAAAUAGAAUAGGCAUGAGUCCAUUUUUAUGGAUUAAGAUUCUUUGUAAUACACUAGAGUGUAUUGUGAAAGCAAAUAAUAGUAGCUUUCUCAUCAAUAAAUAAAAUCUAUUUAUUGAUUAAAGUACUUAAUGUAUUACUGUGAAGAAAUCACAGGACAACAGCACUUACUUACCAGAAGGUUUUAUGAUUGUUACAGAUUUCAGGAAAUGGCCAGUAAGUUUGAAAAUGCUUUACAGGAACCUCAUGGAAUUGCCCAGCAAGGUAAUGAGGUCUGGCAAAUGAAUUGUCAUGCUAUAAGUUCAGUUCAGUUAUGUUCAGUUCACAGGGUUCGCACAGUCUUGAAAAGUCCUUGAAUUUUAGGGGACGUCCUUGAAAAGUCCUUGAAUUCCAUUUUCACUUGAAAAGUCGUUAAAUUUCUGUGCAAGUCCUUGAAAAGUCCUUGAACUUUCUUUAACUUUGAAUGUAGUGGCCUGGAAAGUAUUAUUUGAUGCCUUUUGGUUGUAGAAGGUAGAAUAUAAAUCAUAGCUCAGGGAAUUAAAGGUUAUUUACAUAAAGUGCCCUAUGUUUCAUACAAUAAGUAACUAUCAAUUCAGGACAAGUGAACUGAAAACUGUUGACAAGUUCAAGCGACUGGGAGUGUACAGUGUUGUAGGUGGUCCUUGAAAAGUCCUUGAAAAAUGGUUGCAAUUUUUUGUAUGAACCAUGGUUCAGUUUAAUUCAGUUUAUUGUUUUGCCAUAAGUAUGAACAAAAAACAAGAAAAUUUAAAUACUUAAAAAGCCAAUGGCGAGGAAGCGCAAUGAAAGUCACCGGGCUUGUAAGGAAUGAGCUCCCUCAGUUAAAUUAUUACAACCAAAUAUCAACAGAAUUAUACAUGCCAAAAUCAAUGGCAUAAAAAAGGAAAGGAAAAAACUGAAAAUGAAAAGUAGAAGUAAAGUAAAAAAAGAAUAUUUUUGAUAAUUAAGAGGAAUGCGUUCAGCCUAUAGCAAAAGGAGGCGGUACUUGUUGCAUUUCGGAUUUCAAAACUAAGAGGGUUAAACGUGCAUCAAGGUGCUUUCCAUCUGGUGUUAUGUAGGUUUACUUUCUGCUAUCUUGGUAUCAUUAUGAUUGUUUGACUUUGUAUUUUCCCUGUACAGACUCGCCACAGCUGUUCUUGACGUCAGCUGUUAGCGCGUUGUGGUUUUGUAUUGAGAGAUGCUGGCAAGAUUCUGUGUAUAUUCAGGCCCUCUGUCACAGGUUCUGGAAAUUAACUCUUCAGGUAUAAAGAAUCCUUUUCUUCUGAAAUAUUUUGUAUGUAACUUGUAUAAAACUGGUAUGACUUUCUGUUAUAACACACACAUUUUCCAUCUGGUAAAUAAAGAUACUUUGCCCCAUGUAAGGUAGGACUCAGGAUUCUGGAUUCCGGAAAUUUUGCCCUAGGCAUUUGAAAUCCUGCUAGUGAUUGAAAUCUGGAAUCCAAGUUCCACUGCUAAGGAACCUGAAAUGGAGUACCUGGAAUCAGGAAUCCGUAGCAUGGAUUCCAGAAUCCAGGACUAUCUCGUUAGUAUUUUCAACAUUUGCUUUACAACCUCAUGUCCAUCAUAGUUUUCUAUCUAAAAAGUUGCAUUAUUUAUUGUGUUCAUUUUGUAGCUUCUGUCAAGAUUAUUCGUUUGGAUUAAAGUUGAUGUGUCCUCUACAAGGCAAACUGGUGUAUGUAUCUGCUUUUUACUUGAAGGACCUUUUUUAUAUUUUCAUUCAUGCUCGUCUUUCACAGUUGAUCUUGGCCCAUGUUCUAUAUUUGCUUUUUUGUAAAUUUGUUAAGCUAUAUGAUUGAAUGUUGCAGGUCAGCGAAGGAACUGACGAUGCAGCUACAUCUUAUUUGGUUCACUUACUUAGUGACUUGAACACACUCUUGAAAAAAGUAAGCUUUGACGUUCGUCAUCAGGGAGACAAUAGUUGUGGAUACAUCGAGCCAUUAUCCUACAGGAUAGGGCCUGUUGGUUUGGGGAAAAUUUAACGCUGUAUUUUGAUCUAAAUCUUCCACGGGACAUAAACCUUAAAACUUUAUAUCGAAAAAAAUGCACCAUCCGCGGAUAUUGCUGGAAAUAAACCGAGUAUGACCAAUUUAAUCACGCUAUGUAAAAUAGCAUUAUGAAUGUGCUGCGGAAAAUUGCUAUUCCCGGAUGUUUGUAGGAGACUGUGAGCAAACGUUCUCUUUUUCUCCCACCACUCCCUCCUGUGAGCCUGUCCCCACUGGUACCGGCUUGCUCACAGAGACAUGUGUAACCAUAACUAAACCUGGAUGCCAGUAUGUUUCUCUCUCUUCUUACACAAUUUUAGCUGUUACCCUGGCAACAAGUUUGACGUCAGUCUCUUUACUUAUUGUUUACUUUAUGGGGAUUAUAAAUAAAAAAUCUGUGGUGAGGGAACAUUAGCUUAGUAUCAGGCGUGAGAAGAGAGAAGCGUUCGAGACAGCAGACGAAGAGGAACUUCCUCCCUUUCUUUCACCGUCUCCACUUCGUCCUUUAAAAUCUCCCCUCGCCCUAAAGGAAGUUCCAGUGCUCAUGCAGCUUAAGGCACUUCGACUGAACACCUUGCAUGCAUGCCUUUUAGCGUGGUUAUCGCCACUGCGAUGUAUUUAUUUUUAAGUACGUUGUUUUACAAGGGAAGAAAGAAAUAACAACAAGAACAUUGAUUAUUUCUAGUGCGCCUUUUCUAUAUGAAUAAUCAAAAGCGAAUUGUAACGACUGCAGUGAAUAUAUCGGUACUAAAAUAUUCAUUUACUGUUGGGGCGUUCAGAUGCCCUUAGAGAGGAGCGGCGCGGAUGAUCUCUCUCCCCCACCACCACCAAAACAAGACGCUCCCUCAUGGUUUUUCAUCUUUUUUUUUUGUCUACUCCGUCCUUGCACACACAAAAAAAACAUUAGUAAGUAUGCAAGUAAGAUCCCCAGGUCUCAUCCGGACUCAAAACCUCAAGAUCUUGUUUUUGUGUUAAAACUACAUUGUCAUAAGCUUUUUUUUUUCUGAAUUGUUUAGGUUCCCGAGUUCUUCAGACAGGACAUCCUUCCAAAACUACGUCAAACAAACAUUCAAGAUACAGAGCUACUCUCCGGUAGGUUUAACUGUGUUAGUAAAUUAGAACACGUGGCUUUCAGUGUUGUUCAUUUUUGUUUAAACCCGUGGUUCAUUGAAUAUCUCUAAUAGAGGCUAUUCUGGAGAGCUGUGGGGCCGUUCAACAGCUGGUGCCAGGAUUAGAAGGGCAGAUUGUGAGCCAAGUUGUUAAUCGAGCCUCUCAAGGACUGGAAGCUGCCAAGAAUAUUCCCAGGCUAUACCGCCGAACGAACAAAGAGGUAUGCUAAUCUUAUAUACUACUAACUAGUUUGGUUACUUUGAGAUAACUGGAUAGGAAGGCCUUAAGACAGCAGGAAAGGAUUUUAAAAUUAUUAGCAAUCGGGUUUUAAAAUGUGUUUUUGAAUGCCGUGGCAGCUUUAAGGUUUUAAUUAGCUUGCGAACGGCAGACGUUUCUCCUCGCUCAUCGCCGCUGAGCGAGGAGAAACGUCUGCCGUUCGCAGGCUAGGUUUUAAUGACAUAGCAUCCAACAUGUGUAAGAUGUUUUAACCGGCAGAUGUGUUACUGAGUUAAUCAUUUUACAGGCUCCAAGCAAAGCUUCACCUUUUGUGAGCAGCGUACUGAAACCUGUCCGAGACUUUCUGGAACAUCACCAAUCUCUCGUCAGUCAGCAACAACGCCAGGCCUGGGCAGCAGCUAUCCUCCAAUCACUGUUUUUGAAGUACGUUUAUAUAAAUCAGUAAAGAAGUAGAAAAUAGCGGCAAUUUGGUUUUAGUAUGAGGAGCUGGUGUAAAAGACGCACAUUUUUCCCUUCUCGGGGAAACGCCAGUUUUUGCGCUUGCCUCAAGCGACCUCAGUCUGGUAGGAGCGGCAAGAAAAGAUACGGUGGCGGGAAAGGAGAUCCGGAGGAAAUGGGUAUAUUUCGUGAGCGCGUAGCCUCUCUUAUCUACCAAUUGAUCUAGUUUGAUGUUUCUCGUCGCAACACAUUGAUGUCAUCCUUCGAGCUAGCACUCUACUAUCAUCUUGCACCGUUCAGAAAUACCAGGGUAUAUUUUCACGUUUUAAUCUGAAGAUAUCUUCUGCACAAGUUGUCGAAACGCCAGUCGCUGUGAACGACAUUCCCAUUGGAGACUACACUCACCCGGAUGAUCAUUUCCCAUCUGCUUAUGACACGAUUCCUGGGGUUCAAACUAUUCACGGUGUUUUUAUUGUCUCUUAGGUACCACAACAUCACAGGCGAUGUAUUGACGUCCAUUAAACGGACUGAAGACAGUUUAAUGCGUCUUAAACGAUCAAGAAAACAGCAGGGAACUGGCACAGGUGGUCAAACCACAAACCAGGAACCGGGUCAAUCUGCUAUGAGCGAUGAUGACAAGAUUCGACUCCAAUUUACUCUUGAUACAGAAGAGUUUGGACGAGUGGUAAGACACAGAUACCUUUUGUUAAAUAUGUUUGCAUUUUGGUAUGUUCGGUGGGAGAAUUUUGGUGAUUUCUCCUUUUUUUUAUUUUCAUCUCAGAUUGAAGAGCUGGGAGUUGAGGAAAAUCGAACCCCUGCUUACAGCGAGUUGGUGAACACAGUAAAAGCCGCUCGUACAUCUAACUCAGGCGCUAACUGAAUAAGUAAUGUGAUUGCAUUGUGAUGAUAAAAAAGACUGGAGUUGGAACGGCAUAGUGGUGUUUCCGCUUCUCGUUAAACACAAUCCGUGAACAAACGCGGAUCGGCAAGACUAGUGCCUUUCAGGAACGUCGGGCUACAGCAGUGAAAAUGUCACCAUUAAAAUGUAUUAUUGUUGUUGUUUUUUUUUUAACUUGACGGCGAUUAUUUUUAUUCCAACUCGUUCAAAUUGGUGCAAAAAUGUCGGUGAAUUCACCUGGUCCUAGUUGUUCAAAAGGUGGAUAGCACUAUCCACCGGAUAAGUCUCUAUCCACUGGAGAGCGCAGUAGGUUUUCCUAAUAUUUAUCCACUGGAUAGUGAUUUAUCCGGUGGAUAGCGCUAUCCAGCUUUUGAACAACUGGGGCCUCGAGUGGAAUUCUUAAGGACUGUGACCAAGUUCAGAGAGACAGAGAAAGAAAAAUUCGUCGUCGUGUGUCUACGUCCUUUAUUAAGCGUCGCAUGGGGAACGUGUAGUAACGGCAAAGAAAUUUAUUCGGAAAAGUGGAUUGCACGUGCAGAGUUGUUCUUUUUCUCGUAAAACCUUUUCUUUUUUAUGAGGUCCCGUCCACAGGCAUCAGGCCAGAUAUCAGUCUUUGAAACCGCAUUUAUAUUUUUUUUAUCAGCUCACCGAAACCUCUCUCCAGAGUGGUAUUUAGGGAUCCGACGGAAUUGCGAGUUGGUGUAAACGAUUGAAACCGGAUUAUUGCGGUCAGUUCAGCCAGCUGCCCGAAUUCGUGUGUACGGGGCCUGUCGUUCUCGUUGCUGUUUCCUGGCUGCUGAAGGUUCUAGCCUGUUCAUAGACCUUCUCAGCUUUAGGGGGUCGAGCGCACGCGUAAGAAAAUAUCAUCCUCGUGGGAUUUCACUUUUUGGUCACUAACGCAAGUAAGAGUGAUUGUGUAAAAGAGAAAACUUCGCGCUUCGCAAUUUUCUUGAAGAAAAGGAAAAAACUUUUGUGUACAGGCUGCUUCCCCUCCACAGUUGCCUGAACUCUCUAAGGAAGAAUUUUGCCGACGCAAUUGCUUGCUGCCAAAAUUAAAUUUCAAGGAUAGUUUUCAAGGAGAGCUUCAGUGUAAAUAAUUUUCUUGGAUUCUGGGCCUUAAAAAGUUUAUUAUUAACUAUUAUUAUUUGUUAUUUAAUAAAGUGAAAAACGUUUCUAGUAUAAAAAUAGAUUUAUUCCAUGAAAUGGAAAAUGUAUAUAAUGAGUCAAUCCAUAGAUGCAUCUAGGUCUGUAUCAUUAUUAACGUGAAAUGAAUCUACCCAUGUUUAAUGAAAAAUAAAAAUAACUAAAGAUUAUUGUGCUUCAUUCUUCCAUUCUUCAGUAGCGCAUAUGGUACGUUACUGCUAGAGCGAUAAUAAAGUCCGGGAUGAAUGAAAUGUUAGUAGAAAUUGCGCUCUACAUAAAAACCCUCCAGUUCAACAGCACAGAGCUUCAUGUCUGUUGAACGUAAUAGAUUUCCAUUAGCUCCAAAACUAGGUUGCCUGCGAAUUUAAUCAGUAGAUUUCGCAAAAAUAAAUGUACUUUAUCAACUCAGUUAAGUGUAAUAAAUUUGCCACCCUGAUUCAAAAGCUGGCGUUGCGAUAGGUAGCGCUUAGUAAAAGGGAAAUAGUCCAGUUUUUUAACAAUGGUGUUUCAGUCCCACGCCGACAAACCGGCACAAUGUCUCAGAAACCUCUUUAUUCGAUUCUAUUUUAUUUUGAUCGUCGUGAAAACGUCCGCACCUAGGGCGCGCACCCCCAGAAUCCGUCAUUUCUUUUUUUACGUGGCUAGAGGGAUCUGGGGAAGAGACUGUCAUAAACACCAAAACCGACAAAGCCAAAGCUGUUUAUCUGGCCAAUCACAGAAAAGAAAAAUGUACAAGAAUCAACCGAAUGACUUUAGAUUUAUCGUAAUGGAGUGUGCAAUUUUACAAAGCUUGCUCUAAUUGAUCUAGAAUAUAUCUAUAUAAAAAACUUGUAUAUAACGUAUUUCUAAUUGCUACGUGUGCGCGACCUCACUCGAAAUUACUCAUGAAAGCUCUGUGACGUGUAACUAUUUUUAUAAAACGUGCUUACAUGCGAUAACACUAAAAGAAAAUAUGGCUGACGAAGGGGAAAAGGAUAUGUCAAUUGUUGAACACGAAGUGCUUGAAGUUUAUGAAGUUCAGGACGGGGCGCUGCAGGAAUGCAUGAUGUUUGUCAAAAAGCUGAGUGAGACAAGUCUGCGUGAUCUUGAGUCUGAGAGAAACAAUUUGAACGAUCUUCUGAAAGAGGCUGAAAGGGAAGUGACCAAGCUGAAACUCUCUCUUAAGACCGCCAACAGCAAUGUGGAUCAGCUUACUACAGCUAUAAAAGUAGAAAAAGAGCAGCGUCUUAAGGUUGAAGAUCGUCUUCGGAUUGUUAAAGAAAUGGAAGAUGAGUUAAAGACUGAGUUGAGACAAAGCAAAGAGUCUUCUUCUGCCUUACAGAAACUAAACCAGGAGAAAAAUGAGGCACUUGUGACGGCUGAAGAUACUGUUACUAAACUUACAGCUGAGAAGGAAUCUCUCAAAGAGGAGUUAGAAAAUCUUCAACGCUUGAGGUCACAAGAUGAGGAGGAAACUAACGUCAUACAUCAGCGUCUCCUAAAAGAACAAGAAAAAGCUUUUCGGAUUGAAGAGCAGCGUGAAGAAAUGGUAUCACAAUUAAAUAAAGAGUUGACGGAAUUAAAGAAAAAUCUGUUUUUUCAGAAAGAACAAGCCGAUGCUGAAAUAGCACAACUUAGGCAAAAACUUGAUCUUGAGCAAAAAAUGAACGAAAGCUUGAGUAAUGAGGCUGACAGCUGCGUCAAUGAUAUUAAGAGGCAGCUUGUUAAAGUUACACGAGAAAACGCAGAAAUUCAAGAAAGUAAGGAAACAGUCUUGGAGCGGCUGAAUACUGCAGAAGAGGAAAUUUCAACAUUGCGUAGAAAACUUAACGAGGAGAAGCAAAAAAGAGAGAAACUCUACCAGGACAACAAGUCAGAUCUGGAAGAGACAAAGAGUCAGUUAGAAAAAUCUACAUCAGAGAAUAAACUUUUGUUAUCUGAAAAGGAUACAGUUGAGAAAAGUCUUCGAUCUCUAGAAGAGGAAAAGAAAGAACUAUUUUGUCGCGUAGAAGGGCUACAGGAAAGCUUAGAGGCAACGCGCCGUGAGGUCGUUUCACUUCAAGAAGAGCUACAAGUCUCGAAAACUAAAAAGACAAUAAGGGACGAAGACAAUCAAGAAGCUGCUGAUUCAUGGGCAAAUAGGGUGGAGGCAGAUGAAGACUGGGAACAAAAGUACAGAGACCUUGAGGUUGAGUACGAAGCACUUCAGAAGCAGUUUACUCAGGUCAGGAAACAUCGAAACCGCGUUUUACGUGAGAAUGGUGGGCUGCGGCGCCAAAUGUCCAUGGCUGGUGCUCAGUUAGCGGUCACCAAUCAAAAGUUCCAGAGACAACUGCAGCAUUUUCGCACACAACUCAACAUGGCGGAACACUUAUAUCGUGAAAAGAUGCUUGAAUGCAAUAUUCUUGAGGUGCAACUUAAGCAUCUGUUGAAGUCCUCUACCAAAGCUCAGCAAACGUUCGAGUACACCAACACCACUGAAGAUCAAGCGAGAGAGUAUAUGACGCGAACCAUCGACUUCAAUCGCCGUCACGACUUCUCGAGGCAAGUUCAGCGAUCGCGUGAAGAUGGCACGAGAAAUACACGUAUGCAGCAUUCAUCCAAGCAGCGCGCACAGUCCAUGUCACAAGCAGAACAAGAUAGCUACUGCCCGGCGCAAUCAACUCAGACUGACUUAUCCUAG